AUGCCCCAUUCCGAUGAAAAAGAUGCGCUUGAACUGCAACUACAUGAAUGGCGAGCGGAAAACGAGCUUCGAAUUACCUAUCCGUCGGUCAAAGACUACAUAAUAUCUAUCGUUGGGCCAACACCUUGCGAGUUGCCAUAUAAGCAAAGACAUGACCAUAUCGGGUCGACUCUGAGGAGGGAUAUAGGAUACGCCCCCAUUUUGCUCACCGAAGACAUCGUGGAUGGGAUCUACACGGGAAGUCCUGAAAGACAAUUCGUUGAAUAUAUGCUUGUUUUGUUGAGGCUUCUGAAUCUCGGAAACGAACCGCCGCUAUUAAUACGCCCCUCGAUUUCCAGCAUUUUCGGUUCCCAGAAAGGAAAAGAGCUAAUUACGGUCCUGCGAGCAAGUCGCGAGGAUUUGAAAAUAGACAUCAGCGAGUGUAUGAAGCUAGUCACUCAGUUUGAUGUUUAG